AUGGUGGAUCUGGCUUUGAUUGCCUAUAAUAUCACAAAUAAAAUAUAUGUGAUCGACAGCUUGCGGGUAGGUUGGGGUAGGGUUGAAAGCUGUAUUGCUUUUUAUAGUAGUCGAAUCAGCCUGCUAGUGAGCAGGUCACCAAUUCAAUUUUCUCUCGCUCUAAAUUACUAUAGUACUCACAUUGUGCUCAAUCGACUGUGCCUUAACAGUCCUGCUUUUGAAAAGAAGAAUGGCUUUCGUCCUAAGCUAUCUUUGGGCCUUCCUGGCUGUUAUUGCACUACUGCUAGACCAGCCGGAUCUGGCUUGGUGCUACCAGAUCCCGUAGUGGCCAAUGUUAUUUUAUUUCUUAAUAUUUUAAUUGGUCCGGUGCCAACGAGAUUGGAAGAAAUCGUAUUUCCUAUUGACUCGGUAGGUCUACUUUGGGCUGGGGUGAAAAAGGGUCUUUCCUGGCUCUACUGUUUGGGAAGUACUUCAGAGGCUGCUCGACGGGCUUUCCAAUUUUUCAAUAGUUGUAUUAAAUGUAUGGCCCUGAGUAAGAACCUCAAGCUAGAAGGUAUACCUUCAACAAUCGAAUUAUCUCAAACUUCUCGGGAUCUGAAAUUCCUAUGGUUUCGAAAUUUAUAUGAAGGAAACGCAGCGUCGCUUUAG